UCGACAAAAUAAAAAAUAAAAUAAGCAAGUAAAAAUUUACUUCGUUUUUCCAUUCAGAGAACCAAAGAACCCAGAGAGAGGAGAGAGUCCAAGAUCCACUCUCCUCCGCUCUUUUACAUUUACACACACACACACACAGAGAAGGAGAGGAGAGAGAGAGACAGAGAUGGGGUGCUCUUUUUCGGGGCUGAAUGCAUUAUACGACGCCGUUAACGGAGGAGGAGAUGUGUGGAUCAACGAGAACAGAUUCAGGAUCGUGAGGCAGCUAGGUGAAGGUGGAUUUGCCUAUGUUUACUUGGUUAAGGAGGUGGUCAACGUCUCUUCUCCUGCUUCUAGUGGUGGUCGUGCUGCUGUCGGCGGUGGCCUCUCUAAAAAAGUCAAGGACAAAUCCCAUCUCUCUGUUGAUGGAACUUAUGCUAUGAAGAAAGUUCUUAUUCAGAAUAAUGAGCAAUUGGAAUUGGUGCGGGAAGAGAUUCGCGUUUCUUCAUUAUUCAAUCACUCCAAUCUGCUUCCUCUUCUUGAUCAUGCUAUUAUUUCCGUUAAGGCCACUCAAGAAGGAUCUUGGAACCAUGAAGCAUAUUUGUUAUUUCCGGUUCACUUGGAUGGAACCUUACUGGACAACUCUGCUGCUAUGAAAUCUAAAAAGGAAUUUUUUUCUACCACAGAUGUUCUUCAAAUAUUUCGGCAGCUUUGUGCAGGAUUGAAAAAUAUGCACAAUCUUGAUCCUCCAUAUGCACACAAUGAUGUCAAACCUGGUAAUGUUCUCCUGACACAUAGGAAAGGACAAUCACCUCUUGCUAUAUUGAUGGAUUUUGGGAGUGCUCGACCUGCAAGGAAGCAAAUUCGAUCUCGCUCAGAGGCACUACAGUUGCAGGAAUGGGCGUCCGAGCAUUGUUCAGCACCCUUCAGAGCUCCUGAGUUGUGGGAUUGCCCGAGCCAUGCAGACAUUGAUGAGAGAACUGAUAUCUGGUCACUUGGAUGCACACUAUAUGCAAUAAUGUAUGGAGUAUCUCCAUUUGAAUAUGCACUUGGAGAGUCUGGAGGAAGCCUUCAAUUGGCCAUUGUAAAUGCACAGAUAAAGUGGCCAGCUGGACCCAAACCUCCAUAUCCAGAAGCUCUUCAUCAGUUCGUGACAUGGAUGCUUCAGCCUCAGGCAGCGGUCCGCCCUCGCAUUGAUGAUAUUAUAAUUCAUGUUGACAAGCUGAUCUCAAAGUUUUCAAAUUGAGAUAAUAAUAUAGAACAUAAAGAAUAUUACAUUGGGAAUGCAGCGGAUGCUUGUGCAGCUCAGCAACUUCCAAUACUCCUGUGAUUGUGGAUGUUUAAAAUAUUCAAGUGAAAUGGCAGUGAAAACAAGCAGUGGCAGUUCCUUGUUCGAAGGGUUACAGAGAUGAUUCCUUUUUGGCAGUAGCUGUCAGUUUGUGCAGGGGCUUAAUUUCAGUGUAUCGUUAUCUGUUUAAUUGUACAAUCUGUAAUUUAUGGAACUGGAUAGUCUUUUGCACACAAAUAUUCAAUUUUUUUUGUUGAAAGAUAAUAAUUGGUGACAGGUACUAGCUUGAUAUUUGUGGGACGUGGCAUUUUGGAUGAAAGGGCAGAUGUUUCUCCUA